CAACCUGAGGUGCCCUCCCUUCUUCCUGGGUCUCGCCCCCGAGCGCCCCUCCCACUGCAAUGCGCCCCCACCGGCUGUGCCCCGCCCUGGGCCCGCGGCCUGAGUCGGCCUUGGACCGCCCAUUGGCGAGCGCCGAGCGCGCGGGGCGGUGGUUCUGAGUCUCGCGCGGGCGGGGCACACUGCUUGCUGAGCGCCAGGCUCAGCGCAGUCCCCGGACUUCUCGCCAUGGCCGACGACGUUUCCUCCGACCGCAAGGGCUCCUUUCGAAAGUUCCUGGAGCACCUUUCUGGGGCCGGCAAAGCCAUCGGCGUGUUGACCAGCGGCGGGGAUGCCCAAGGUAUGAAUGCUGCUGUCCGCGCUGUCGUGCGCAUGGGCAUCUACGUGGGGGCCAAGGUGUACUUCAUCUACGAGGGCUACCAGGGCAUGGUGGACGGCGGCAACAACAUCGUCGAAGCCAACUGGGAAAGCGUCUCGAACAUUCUGCAAGUGGGAGGGACCAUCAUCGGCAGUGCUCGUUGCAAAGCCUUCCGCUCUCGGGAAGGCCGCUUGAAAGCUGCUCAGAACUUGGUUCAGCUUGGCAUCACCAACCUGUGUGUGAUCGGCGGAGAUGGAAGCCUCACUGGGGCCAACAUCUUCAGAAAGGAAUGGAACGGGCUGCUGGAAGAGCUGGCCCGUAAUGGUGAGAUCAACAAGGAGGCGGUGGAGAAGUACUCACACCUCAAUGUCGUGGGCAUGGUGGGCUCCAUUGACAAUGACUUCUGUGGCACAGACAUGACUAUCGGCACGGACUCAGCCCUACACAGGAUCAUCGAGGUCAUCGACGCCAUCAUGACAACUGCCCAGAGCCACCAGAGGACCUUUGUUCUCGAGGUUAUGGGGAGACACUGCGGGUACCUCGCCCUGGUGAGUGCCUUGGCCUGUGGGGCAGACUGGGUGUUCCUCCCAGAGUCUCCACCGGAGGAAGGAUGGCAGGAAAACAUGUGUGUCAAGCUGUCAGAGAACCGUGCCCGGAAAAAAAGACUGAACAUCAUCAUUGUGGCUGAAGGAGCAAUCGACACCCAAAAUAGACCUAUUACAUCUGAGCAAAUCAAGGAGCUUGUGGUCACGCAGCUGGGGUAUGACACACGGGUGACCAUCCUUGGACAUGUGCAGAGGGGUGGGACCCCGUCAGCCUUCGAUAGGAUUUUGGCCAGUCGCAUGGGGGUGGAGGCCGUCGUCGCCCUUCUCCAGGCCACCCCAGAGACCCCGGCCUGUGUUGUGUCACUAAAUGGGAACCAAGCCGUGCGCCUGCCCCUGGUGGAGUGUGUGCAAAUGGUGAGCCCCAGGCUGGUGCCUGGUUCUUUUGUCUGCAGCUGAUGAGAUGAACACGAA